AUGGGCAUCACCGGACUUCUACCGCUGCUCAAGUCGAUCCAAAAGCCAUGCAGUCUCAAGAAAUACGCCGGCCAGACAAUUGGCGUAGACACUUAUGGCUGGCUACACCGAGGCACGGCUGCCUGUGCCAUUGAUCUGGCGCUGGACCAACCGACAACGAAAUUCGUCGAUUUCGUUAUGAAUCGCGUUCGCAUGCUCAUCCACUUCGGCAUUACACCCUAUCUCGUUUUCGAUGGAGACAACUUACCGAGUAAGGCUGGCACGGAGAAAGAGAGACGAGAGAGACGGAAGGAAAGCAAGAGGAUGGGCUUGGAGCUGUUAAAAGUUGGCAAGACAUCUCAAGCGCAUCUCGAACUCCAGAAGUCCGUGGAUGUGACACCCGAAAUGGCCCGAAUGGUGAUCGAGGAACUGAAACACCACAAUAUUCAAUACGUUGUCGCCCCAUACGAGGCCGACUCUCAACUUUGCUACUUGGAGCGCAAGGGCAUCAUCAACGGCGUCCUAUCCGAAGAUUCAGAUCUUCUGGUCUUCGGUGUCAAGUGCCUGAUCACGAAGCUCGACAAGUACGGAGACUGUAUUGAGGUCAAUCGAAACCACUUCACUGCCUGCAGAGAGGUCAGCUUUGUAGGCUGGUCCGAUGCCGACUUCAGAAGAAUGGCAAUUCUUAGCGGCUGCGAUUACUUCCCUGGUAUCGGUGGUUUGGGUCUUAAGACCGCUCACCGGAUGCUACGAAAGCACAAAACUGUUGAUCGUCUUAUCAAGGCUGCUCUAUUCGAUGGGAAGUUGAAGGUACCUCCUGGCUUCACGGCUUCCUUUGAACAGGCAGAGAAGACAUUUUUAUACCAAUGGGUCUUUUGUCCAGUCUCGAAACAGCUGGUCAACUUGACACCGCUUGAGGAUGGAGUCGACAUAGGCGACAUGCCAUACCUGGGAGAAGAAGUUUCAGCACUUGUUGCCAUGGGUGUAGCACGAGGCGACUUGUAUCCACGCACGAAGCUCCCCAUGACGGCCACUAACAAGACUAGAUUAGCCGACAAGCCGCUCAUUCAACCUCGGACGGCCUCGGCAGUCGCUCAAACCCCUGAUUCCAAAGCGUCGAAGCCCAUUGAUUCUUUCUUCAAGCCCAAGCGUACACCUUUAGCCGAGUUGGAUCCCAAUAGCUUCACGCCAUCGCCAAGUCAGCAAGCCCUACUAGAACAGCAGCGCAACACAAGUGCAUGGGCAGCAAUACCGGCGCCGCUCUCAAGACUGCAACAGCAACCGUUGGUCCCAAGUACGGCACCGCAACCUGGGAGGCGAACCAUUUCAGAUCCAGCAGGAGGCAGGCGAUCAGUUCCGAACCCAUCUAAGAGACAACGCCUCUGCUCUGACUCUGUCUUCGACACUCCAGCCGCGGGCGGGGAGGGUGUUGUGCGUAGCCAAUUCUUUGCACCGACACUGCCCGAGCCAAGCCCAUCGCUGCGUCAGACAAAGAAGAGCAGAAGGAAAACGGACCAGAAUUUCGAACUUUACUCCGAUGACUCGAUCCAGGAAGCCCUAGCGGAAGUGGCAGAUCUGGAAGAAGCUGCCUACCAGCCGAAGAAGAAGAUCAGGGUCUUUAGCGAUAUACAGUUAAGCGUGAAGAGUGGAUCCCAAUCGACGGUAUUUUCACGAGGUAGCACCGUGCAGUCUCAAGAGACUACUGGCACAGUCACACCUGCCUCAUCGCAAGGUAGUCCAGAGCCUGAGACAGUGUUCAGCGCUGCAAUCUCAUCUCAGAUGACUGGAUUACGGUCCAAGUUCACAUAUAAACCCGCGGCGACGUCUUCGUCACAGUCAAAUAUACCACGAGCAGCAAAUGCCAACCUACACAGACGCCACACUGAAACAUGGGCACCCUCGCCCCCUGCCAUGAACUCCAACACAAAGACUUUGUCUGAGAAUACCAUGAUUCCAGGAUCACCUCCUCCCGCAGAUGAUCGAACAGAGCUGGAGGACUCCGCUUGGGCAGCUAUGGAAGCGGAAGUCAUCGUUGCUGCCAGCUCGCCGCCUCAGAUGACUCCUGCGAAGAGGAGAAGAUCAUCGUUGAAGGGAAGUGAAGAUUUGAUUGUGCCAGACAGCGAAGCAGAAAGCGAGUGUUCGCCUCGCAAGCCCAUGUUUAGUCUUGCGCGAUUUGCUUUUGCCGGCUAG